UGACAUCAAAUAUGUUAUUAGAUUGUUUUCAUUAACAGUACGUUUAAUCAAUUACAUUCAGUCUCUGACACAGUGCAAAUACAAUAUCCUUAUGCAUUAUCGAUUGAUAUUAAAACACCGGUAUUUAGAUUUGAUUUCGGAUCAAACCAAUGAACUCGUCCUCGCCGGAAGUUGUGUUGUUUACAUUUUCCAAGAUGGCGGCGGGAAUGUAUUUGGAACACUAUUUGGACAGCAUAGAGAACCUGCCAUUUGAACUGCAGAGGAACUUCAAUUUGAUGAGGGACUUGGAUCAACGUACAGAGGAUCUAAAGGGGCAGAUAGACUCCCUAGCAAAGGAUUACACAUCCAACGCCAGGACCCUCUCGUCUGAACAGAAGCUUACUAUUCUGAGGCAGAUCCAGCAAUCAUACAGCAAAAGCAAGGAGUUUGGGGAUGACAAAGUGCAACUGGCCAUGCAGACUUAUGAGAUGGUGGACAAGCACAUCCGGAGACUGGACACAGACCUGGCCCGCUUUGAGGCCGACCUGAAGGAGAAGCAGAUAGAGAGCACAGACUAUGAUUCCACCUCCAGUAAGGGAAAGAAAAGUGAGUCCAGGGGGCUGAAAGAGAAGAAGGUGGCUAAAACUCGGUCUAAAGUGAAGAGCUCCGAUGAAGAUGGCAGUCCGAAGAGUGCACAGAAGAAAGUCAAACUUCUCCAGCCGGGGGAGUUCACUGCUCCAGCGGCUAACUUUGGGAACGUGCAUCCCUCUGACGUGCUGGACAUGCCAGUGGACCCCAAUGAGCCCACCUACUGCCUGUGUCACCAGGUGUCCUAUGGAGAGAUGAUUGGCUGUGACAACACAGAUUGUUCCAUCGAAUGGUUCCACUUUGCCUGCGUGGGCCUGACGACGAAACCAAGAGGGAAAUGGUAUUGUCCACGCUGCUCUCAAGACAGAAAGAGAAAGUAAGCCCUUAAGGUAGAGGGGCCAACCGAUUGUCGAGUCAGGAUACUACGUUAGUAGUGAUGAGAAAGUAACAUGACAUUUUCUGUCCCCAGGAUAGUAUUACAUUGUUUAUUGGUCUUCUAGCAUAGAGCAAUUGGUGCUUUCUUUUUUUGUUUACUUGAUUUAAUGCAGUGCGAAGGAGAUAUGUGGUUACAGAUGUAUUUAAAUGUGUUUCAAAGGUUAUGAGAGUUGAUAGUUACGGGAGUUGCUUUGGUUUUUUUUAUCUUUAUGUUUCUAUUUUUUUGUAACUGAACAAUAAACACUAAAAUUUGACAGUUAGUGUCCAUAAUACUGUA